CUCCCCUCGACGGGCGAGACAUGAAAUCUCCCAGCCCAUUUCCCUCCCCCUCCCUCCUCCCCGCCCCUGCGCACGCGCCCUCUCCAUAUUCCUAUUUUUUCCGCCUCUCCUCGAUACCCCCGUGACGAGCUCCUCCCUCGCCACUUCCAGGCUGAACGCGGAGUCACCGGCCCCCAAGCGCGGCACCUGGAGUCGGUCAUAAAGAGCGUGCUGUCUCCCCCGCCUCCCCGGACCGAAGAUGUACAUCCGCGAGAUCAUUGUCGAUGGCUUCAAGUCGUACGCGACGCGCACGGUGAUUGCCGGGUGGGAUCCAGCCUUCAAUGCGAUUACCGGCCUCAAUGGCUCGGGCAAGUCCAACAUCCUGGAUUCCAUCUGUUUUGUGUUGGGCAUUUCCAAUCUGAGUCAUGUCCGCGCCGGGAACCUCUUGGCCCUGGCGUCCAGGCCGGGCCGGGCGGGCAACACCAACCCAGCGGUAACAUUUGCAUCGGCCAAUCCGGCCCCCCAGCACAAGCCCGUGGGGUAUGAGUCCUACCCGACGAUCACCAUCACCCGGCAGAUUGUCAUCAACGGCCGCAACAAGUACCUGAUCAACGGCAUGAAUGCCCAGCAGAAGGCCGUGAUGAACCUCUUCCAGUCGGUUCAGUUGAAUGUCAACAACCCGCACUUCCUAAUUAUGCAGGGGCGCAUCACCAAGGUCCUGAGCAUGAAGGCGCCGGAAAUCCUGUCCAUGAUUGAGGAAGCCGCCGGCACGCGCAUGUUCGAAGACAAGAAGGACAGCGCCAUCCGGACCAUGGAGCGCAAGGACAAGAAGUUGGUGGAAAUCCAGACGCUCCUGUCGGAGGAGAUCACCCCCAAGUUGGACAAGCUGCGCAAGGAGCGCUCGGCAUUCCUGGAGUUCCAGAAGAUCGAGAGCGAGCUGGAGCGCCUGCAGCAGCUGGUGGUCGCGCACCAGUACACCACCCUCUUUGGCAAGCUGCACUCGCUGGAGCAGGCCGCCGAGGAGAAGACCGCCCGGCGGGGGGCCCUGUCCGCCGAGCGGGCCACCACGCAAACGCGCAUCGACGAGGCCCAGGCCCAGGCCAGUGACCUCCUCCGACAGAAGGAGGGCAAUCAGCUGCUUCGGGAGUUGACCGAGACCACGGAGCGCCUGUCCGAGGGGCUGGUGCGCCUGCGCACGCAGGUGGAUCUCAAGCGCCAGACCCAAGCCGAGGAGGCGGCCGGGUUGGAGCGGUCUCGCGGCCGGUUGGCCGUGUUGGACCAGCAGCUCGCUCAAGCCGACGCCUCGGACGGGCGGCUGGCCAUGUUGCAGGCUCGCGCGCGGGCCAUUGUCAGCGAGCUGGACGAGAAAAAUGAGGCCGUUCGCCGGGAGGACGCUCUGUUGUCGACGCUGGCCACCGGCGUCGGCGGGUCGGAUGCCGGGUCCAGUGGCUUUGCCGAGAGGUUGCAGGAGGCCAAGCAGAAUGCCGGGCUCAUCCUCAGCGAAAAGAAGCAGGCAGAAACCCGGCUCCGGCACUUGGGCCAGGAGCUGGAGCUGAAGCGGUCCCAGCUCCAGGCGGCCUCGGCCUCGAGUCAGGCCCUGACACAGCGGUACGCUCAGGCGUGCGCCGAGCUGGAUGCCAUCAAGGCGCGCCUGGCCACGGUCAACUUCGACCCGGCCCAUGAGCAGGCCCUGCAGGCGCAGCACCAGGCCGCGCAGGAGGCCCUGGCGCCCUUGCUCCAAAGCAGCCGCCAGCUGACGGACAACCUCCUGCGCGCGGUGCAAUUCCAAUUCGCCGACCCGGUGGCGGGGUUUGAUCGGUCCCUGGUCCGAGGCCUGGUGGCCGAGCUGAUCCGCAUUCCGCCGGAAAACUUGCACACGGCCACGGCGCUGGAAAUCGCCGCCGGUGGGCGUCUCUACAAUGUGGUCAUCGAGAAUGAGGUCGUCGGGCAGCAGCUCCUCCGACAUGGGCAGCUCCGUCGGCGGUACAACUUCAUCCCCCUCAACAAGGUGGUCCCGCCGGGGGAGCAGCGCGACCGGACGGCCCGCGCGCAGCAUGUCACCGGGCAGCGCGCCCGGCCGGCCAUUUCGCUGGUCUUCUAUGAUGAGGCCGUUUCGCCGGCCAUGAAGUAUGUCUUCGGGUCGACGCUGGUUUGCGACGAUGCGGCCACGGCCAAGCAGGUGUCGCUCGAUGACCCGGGCAUCCGGCUGCGGUCGGUCACCCUGGAUGGGGAUUUGUACGACCCGCGAGGCACGCUGACCGGUGGAUCGCGGCAAAGUGGGGCCGCCACGCUGGCCGGCCUGCACCAGCUCCAGCAGCUCCAGCAGGAGGUGGCCCGGCACCAGGCAGCGGCGGACCGGGCGUCUGCCGGGUUGCAGGCCCUGCGCCAGGCAUCGCAGGACUUCCGCCAGCUCCGCCAGCAACUGAGCCUCAAGGAGCAUGAGGUGGCUCUCUUCCGGGAGCAGCUGGAGCAGAGUCCACAGGGCCAGCUGACCAAGCUCCUGGAAGGCCUGGAGGCGGAGGCGGCCACGGCCAGUCGGGAAAUCGAGGCGGCCGCCGGGCGCCAUGCCACCGUGGCGGCGGAGGUCCUUCGCCUGGAGACCGACCUCCGAGACUUGGAAAGCAACCGCGAGGCCAAGCUCCAGAGCAUCCGGCAGAAUUUGGCCCGGCUGAAGCAGGAACGCGACCGCCUGUCGCAGGAGCACCAAGCCCUCGGGGGUCAGGUGGGCGUGGCACAGGCCGAGGCCGAGCAGGCUCGCGCCGAUCGGGCGGAACUGGCCGCCGGGAUCGACACGGCCGCCGGGCAGCUGGCCACCCUGGGCCAGGAGCUGGCGGCCCUGGAGGCCGAUCUCCAAGCGCGGACGGCCGAGUUCGAGGCGGAAUCCGCGCGACUCGGGGCCGAGCGGGCCCAGGUCACCCGGCUGAAUGAGGACCUCCGGCGGUUGGAAAGCGUGGUCAAGGCCGGGACCGACCAGCUGAAUGAGCUGGACUUGGAGACCCGGCGGGUGGAGCACGAGCUUCAGCGCUUGACGCGCGACCGGGACGAGGCCACGCAGGGGGUCCAGCGGUUGGAGGAGGCGCAUCCGUGGAUCUCGGAGCAGCGAGAGCACUUCGGGUCGCCGGGCGGGCCGUUCGACUUCGCGACCAACAAUCCGGCCGACGCGCGCCGGCGUCUGGAGCACCUGGAGGCAUCGCACAAUCGCCUGGCCAAGAAUGUCAACCGCAAGGUGAUGACCAUGUUGGAGCGUGUCGAGCGCGAGGAGCAGACCCUGAAGAACAAGCUGUCCAUCGUGGUAGACGACAAGGGCAAGAUCGAGACCACCAUCGGCAAGUUGGAUGUCAAGAAGCGCGAGACCGUGCUGGAGACCUGGCGCGCGGUGAACACGGAGUUUGGCCUCAUUUUUGGGGACCUCCUGCCGGGGAAUACCGCGCGCUUGGACCCGACUUCCUCGGGCGAUGUGUCCGACGGUCUGGAGAUCAAGGUCAACCUGGGCGGGGUGUGGAAGGAGAGUCUGACCGAAUUGAGUGGCGGCCAGCGGUCGCUGGUGGCUCUGUCGUUGAUUUUGGCCCUGCUCAAGUACAAGCCGGCUCCGUUGUACAUUUUGGAUGAGAUCGACGCGGCGCUGGACCUGUCCCACACGCAGAAUAUCGGCCAGCUGCUGAAGCACCGUUUCCAUGGGGCUCAGUUCAUUGUGGUUUCCCUGAAGGAGGGCAUGUUUUCCAAUGCCAACGUCAUCUUCCAGACGAAGUUCCGCGAUGGGACCUCCACCGUGCUGCGCUUCUCCUCGGCUGCGACCAAUGGUCGGGCUGGAGCGCCUGGUGGCGCUGGCCCCGACGGCCCGGCCCCACUCCUCACGGCUCAGGAGGGGUCCCAGCAGGGGCUGUCCUCCUCGUCGUCGCCCUCGCUGUCAGACGGAUCGUCCUCCAGCAUGGUCGAGAUGUCAGCCAGUGGGUCCCACGACUAGGGUGCCUCCGUGGACUUGCUUCUCUGCUUGAAAAAGCCCCCCCCCCCCAGCAAUAGACUUCACACAAUUCGGCA